AUAGUAGAUGCAUUUAACAAUGUGUAAUGGAUGUUGAUGCAUGUUAAAAUUUAUGAAUAUGAAAUUUGAAUCUUAAAGUGAAUCUGAAAAACAAAAAAAAACGGAUUUAAUUUUAAGCCGUAAAUCAACAGCUAAGAUACAACUAGAAAAAUCAUCGUUGGAAACGCCAGAAGUAACCGAGCAACAAAAGCAACAGUCAGAGCUUCCAUCAAAACUCACACGACAUCAUCAUCAUAAGCGAUCGCUAUUUUUUCGUCGCAGAAGAUCAUCAUUGACAGAUGUAUGGCAAAAAACUUUAUCAGCAACAAUGACAACAGCAGCAACAGCAGCACCAACUUCAAAUGCCAGUGGAGGUGGAGUAGUUUAUGGUCAACAGCAAAGCACUGAAACACAACUCGAUGGAGUACAGAAUACUAAUGGUGUUCCUGGAUCUACCGGAGCUCCUAACGCAACCACCACUCCAACUGCUCCUAAAAGGCCUGUGAGACGUGGAGGGAAACCUCAGCCGGACCGACCUCAACGUGCCCUUUUUUGUUUGACACUCAAAAAUCCGCUCCGAAAGUUAUGCAUUGACAUUGUAGAGUGGAAACCUUUUGAGUAUCUCAUCCUGUUAACAAUUUUUGCCAAUUGUGUGGCCUUAGCCGUUUACACACCCUUUCCGUAUAGCGAUUCUAACCAAACAAAUGCGUAUUUAGAGAAAAUCGAGUACAUUUUCUUAGUCAUUUUCACAGCAGAAUGUUUUAUGAAAGUAAUUGCAUAUGGAUUUGUAAUGCAUCCUGGGGCUUACUUAAGAAAUGGUUGGAAUUUACUCGACUUUACGAUUGUCGUGAUAGGUAUGCUAAGCACGGUUCUCACAAGUGUCAUGAAGGAAGGUUUUGAUGUUAAAGCGCUUCGUGCAUUUCGUGUUUUACGACCUUUACGCUUGGUAUCGGGCGUUCCAAGUCUUCAAGUCGUUUUGAAUUCAAUCCUUCGUGCCAUGGUGCCUUUACUUCACAUCGCACUUCUCGUUAUUUUUGUUAUUAUAAUUUAUGCAAUCAUUGGACUUGAACUUUUCUCUGGGAAACUUCAUAAAACGUGCUUUAAAAAUGGAACCGAAGAAAUGAUGGCAGACGAGCAUCCAUGUGGUGAAGAUGGAUUUCAAUGUUCUGAACUCGAAGAAAUGGAUGGAGAGCCGAUGGUUUGCAGUUUAUUCUGGGAAGGUCCAAACUAUGGCAUAACGAAUUUCGAUAAUUUUGGACUUGCUAUGCUUACCGUAUUUCAAUGUAUAACACUUGAGGGUUGGACUGACGUCUUGUACGAUAUUCAAGAUGCUAUGGGAAACAGUUGGCAAUGGAUUUAUUUCAUUUCUAUGGUCAUUCUUGGAGCAUUUUUUGUUAUGAACUUGAUUCUUGGUGUUCUCAGCGGAGAGUUUUCGAAAGAGAGAACCAAAGCCAAAAAUCGCGGUGACUUCCAAAAGCUUCGAGAAAAACAACAAAUUGAAGAAGAUCUUCGUGGUUAUCUUGAUUGGAUAACACAAGCUGAAGAUAUUGAACCAGAAAAUGAGAAUAAUAAUAUGCAAGAUGGGAAAGGAAAGGUUGCAAAUGAUAUGGAUUCAACUGAUCAAUUAGGCGAUGAUGGAGAAAUCCAUCAAGACUCAUGGUUGACGAAAAAGAAAAAAGGGUUAGAUAGGCUUAAUAGAAGGAUGAGAAGGGGUUGUCGAAGGGCAGUCAAAUCUCAAGCUUUCUAUUGGCUCAUCAUCCUUCUUGUAUUUCUGAACACGGGCGUACUUGCAACAGAACAUUACGAACAGCCAGAAUGGCUCGAUAAAUUUCAAGAAUACACGAACCUGUUCUUUGUUGCACUUUUUACAAUGGAAAUGUUCUUGAAAAUGUAUAGUUUAGGUUUUCAAGGAUAUUUUGUAUCACUCUUCAACCGCUUUGAUUGCUUUGUUGUAAUUGGAAGUAUUGGGGAAAUGAUUCUCUUCCAUACAAAAAUCAUGCCUCCUUUGGGAAUAUCUGUUCUUCGCUGUGUACGACUUCUAAGGGUUUUCAAAGUCACUAAAUAUUGGAGAUCUCUCUCGAAUCUAGUCGCUUCAUUACUUAAUUCAAUUCAAUCGAUUGCAUCUCUUUUACUGCUUUUGUUUCUGUUCAUUGUCAUUUUUGCACUUCUCGGGAUGCAAGUGUUUGGUGGUAAAUUUAAUUUUGAACCAACAGAACAAAAACCACGUUCGAACUUUGAUAGCUUCUGGCAGAGUCUACUGACAGUUUUUCAGAUUCUAACAGGAGAAGAUUGGAAUGUUGUUAUGUACGAUGGGAUACGAGCGUAUGGCGGUGUCGCCUCUUUAGGCGUUCUAGCUUGCAUCUAUUUCAUUAUUCUCUUUAUUUGUGGCAAUUACAUCCUUUUGAACGUGUUCUUGGCUAUUGCUGUUGAUAACUUAGCUGAUGCUGAUUCACUUACGACCGUAGAGAAAGAAGAAGAAGAAGAACAAGGAGAAAUUGAAGCGGAGAAAAAAUCACAUAGUCCAACGCCAAUUGAAGGUGUUGAUGACAUGGCUCUUGACGACGAAGAUCUUGGUAACGAUGAUGAUAUCUAUGAUAGAGAUGAAGAAACAGAAUCAGAAACUAAAAUAAGAAUACCUGAAGACGAAUAUGAAAACAUGGAAAGUGCAGGCAGCGCUUUUUUCAUAUUCUCUCACACAAACAAGUUCCGAAUAUUCUGCCAUAAAUUAUGUAAUCAUGGACAUUUUGGAAACAUCAUUCUUGUCUGUAUCAUGUUCUCAUCUGCUAUGCUGGCUGCUGAAGAUCCAAUGGAUGCUGACGCUCCAAGGAAUCGAAUUUUGAACUACUUCGAUUACUUCUUUACCACAGUGUUCACAAUAGAAUUGAUCCUUAAACUCGUCUCUUAUGGAUUUAUUCUUCAUAAAGGUGCUUUCUGUCGAUCAGCAUUUAAUCUUUUAGACCUGCUUGUCGUUUGUGUUUCAUUGAUUGCCAUUUGUUUUGAUUCAAGUAAAAUAUCAACCGUAAAAAUUCUUAGAGUUUUUCGUGUUUUAAGGCCACUCCGUGCUAUCAACCGUGCAAAAGGAUUAAAGCAUGUAGUCCAGUGUGUUAUUGUGGCUGUUAAAACUAUUGGAAAUAUCGUACUUGUUACAUGUUUACUGCAAUUUAUGUUCGCUGUUAUUGGAGUUCAGUUGUUCAAGGGAAAGUUCUUCAGUUGCAGUGAUGGUUCCAAACGUACCAAAGAAGAAUGUCAUGGAACGUAUCUCAUCUUUCCAGAAGGUCAAACUGAUAAGCCAGAAAUCAAAGAUCGAGAAUGGCAAAACAAUCGAUUUCAUUACGAUAAUGUUGCAAAAGCUAUGCUAACCCUAUUCACCGUAUCGACAUUUGAAGGAUGGCCGGGUCUUCUUUACGUUUCAAUAGAUUCUAAUGAAGAAAAUUACGGUCCAAUUCACAAUUUUAGACCUAUUGUUGCGUCUUAUUAUAUCGUCUACAUUAUUAUAAUCGCGUUCUUCAUGGUCAAUAUUUUCGUUGGUUUUGUCAUCGUUACUUUCCAAAAUGAAGGCGAACAAGAAUAUAAAAAUUGUGAUCUUGACAAAAACCAAAGGAACUGUAUAGAAUUUGCGUUGAAAGCAAAACCUGUCCGUAGAUACAUCCCUAAACAUCGAAUUCAAUAUAAGGUGUGGUGGUUUGUAACAUCACAGCCUUUCGAGUAUACAAUUUUCAUUCUAAUUAUGAUAAACACAAUAACACUUGCUAUGAAAUUCUAUCGACAACCCGAACUUUAUACGACCACAUUAGACGUUCUUAAUAUGAUUUUCACGGCAGGUUUCGCACUUGAAUUUGUUUUCAAACUCGCUGCAUUUCGUUUUAAAAACUACUUUGGUGAUGCUUGGAACGUAUUCGAUUUCAUUAUAGUUCUAGGAAGUUUUAUCGAUAUAGUGUAUUCAGAAGUUACUCAAAGAAAAAAUGUCGGAGGAGUUUCGAAAUCAACGAGUAUCAUUUCAAUAAACUUUUUUCGACUUUUCCGCGUUAUGAGAUUGGUUAAACUUUUGAGCAGAGGCGAAGGUAUUCGAACGCUUUUAUGGACUUUCAUCAAGUCAUUUCAAGCCCUUCCCUAUGUUGCUCUCUUGAUUGUGAUGCUAUUCUUCAUUUAUGCUGUUAUUGGAAUGCAGGUUUUUGGAAAGAUAGCAUUAGAUAACGAAGAUGGUGAUUCAAUUGAUCGUAACAAUAAUUUCCAAACCUUCCCGCAAGCUGUGUUAGUUCUUUUCCGUUCUGCAACUGGUGAAGCAUGGCAAGACAUUAUGCUUGAUUGUUCGAAUCGUGACGGAAUAAAAUGUGACUUAGAUUCGGACUUGGGUAAAAACAAAACUAGUGGAGUGCCAACUGGUGAUACAUGUGGAUCAAACAUAGCGUUUCCUUAUUUCAUAUCAUUUUAUGUUUUAUGUUCAUUCUUAAUUAUUAAUUUAUUCGUUGCUGUCAUCAUGGAUAACUUCGAUUAUUUAACACGUGAUUGGUCAAUUCUUGGUCCACAUCAUCUUGAUGAAUUUAUACGCCUUUGGAGCGAGUACGAUCCCGAUGCAAAGGGUAGAAUUAAGCAUCUCGAUGUUGUUACGCUUUUGAGAAAAAUAUCACCACCACUUGGAUUCGGAAAGUUGUGUCCACAUCGUGUUGCAUGCAAAAGAUUAGUUUCAAUGAACAUGCCUUUAAAUAGUGAUGGUACUGUUCUGUUUAAUGCCACACUCUUUGCUGUCGUGAGAACUUCAUUGAAAAUAAAGACAGAAGGAAACAUUGACGACGCUAAUGCUGAACUUCGUGCUACAAUAAAACAAAUUUGGAAACGAACAAAUCCAAAACUUCUCGAUCAAGUCGUUCCACCUCCUGGUGUUGAUGAUGAAGUUACAGUUGGAAAGUUUUACGCAACCUUCCUCAUUCAAGAUUAUUUCCGAAGGUUUAAAAAACGAAAGGAGGAAACUAUUAGGGAUGGGGAUUUGAAUGGAAACACUGUAACGUUACAAGCUGGUCUUCGAACACUUCAUGAAGCAGGUCCUGAACUAAAGAGAGCGAUAUCAGGAAAUUUAGAUGAACUAAGUGAUGAUAAUCCAGAACCUAUGCAUCGUCGUAAUCAUACACUCUUCGGUUCAGUGUGGUCCUCGAUGCGUAAGCAAAAACCAUUUUCACGAAAUCGAAUGUUAAAAUCGAACAAUAAUAACAGUAGUAGUGUUGUAAACAACAACACUAUUAACUUGGCAACUUCAGCUGUUCAUAAUAUGGCUUCGACGGCAGUCGCUUUAUCAAGUGAUUAUUUGGAAAGUGAUUUUGGUAAAUUAAGCAAUAAUGCAUCACUUGCAGCAAGAGAUCGUUUGAGUGAUGGACUUAACAACAUCACGAAGGGUAUUCUUCAGCAGAGAGGAAUGGGCCAAUUAGAUUACAAUGAUGAUAUUCCGUUGCGUCCGCUUUUAUUAAAUGGAAACCAAAAUCAGACGAAUCCUAAAAGUUCCUCUACAGCCGAAACUGAAUUAUCAUCCUCUAGCCAAUCAAAUCAAAUCACUCAAUCAUCAUUUGGUGGGUCCAAAGUUGACCCAUUAGGGUCAACCUACAAUGCUCCGCAUCGACAACGCUUACUGCUGUUCCGUUAUAGUAGAAUGAAUCAGAAAAAUGAUCAGCGGUAUGAGAAUUUAAUUGCACAACCUCUAACGAUAGCACCAGAAAAGCCGCCGAGAAUAUUCCCAAGAGCAGGGUCAUUAGAUUCGCCACCAGUGCGACCUCCUCGAAAACUCAAUUUAAAAAAAGAUAAUCAAUAUCAUUCUAUGGUAGAUGACAAUUCAAUUGAUGACUCAGAUGGAGGAUCAAACAUGACAUCAAUAACCACAACUACAACUGCUUCAUCUGCAUCUUCACCACCAUCGGCAACUCAUCAUAAGCGACAAACUACACCAACAACUCAACAGCGUCAAAAUCAAAUUCGACGUAGACUUCAAAUGCAUAAAAUGACAACAGAAAACAUUCUUCGGAUUCAACACCAAAAUAAAUCAGAUCCGUCAUCGUCUGAUGAUGGAUUACCACAACCAAUAUCACAACACCGCAUUGCAAUGGGAAUUCAUUUAGCUCACAACAAAACUUUAGCUCAUGCCGAACUUUUAUCCAAUGCUUUGGAAAUGAAAGCGCUUUCUCAUGAUGUUGCACAUCGUAAAGUGAAUCAAGAAGACUCUAUAAAAAAAAAUUCUUCUAUAAGUUUUAAAACUAUGAGUUUUGAAAGAGUCGCAAAUCUUUCGCUUGUAACGAGAGACGAUACUUUCGAGAGCGAAGAAUGUUUUGGCACACGAUCACGAUCAUACCACGGAAAAGUGGCGAUGGAAAAGAACGGUAUUAAUCAGCGAUUAGCCCAGUCCACACCUUCUAGUCCUCUAGCUGAUCGUCCAAGCUCAUUUGAAGUAGUAGGUUCAGCUGAAAGCUUAGUCGGAAGAGUCCUCGCCCAACAAGGUCUCGGGAAAUAUUGUGACCCAGACUUUGUUGCUCGUGAAUUGCAAGAAGCACUCGAUAUGACUUCAGAAGAAAUGGACCUCGCAGCUCAUCAACUUUUGCAACAAGAACACCAUCAGCAAUAUCAAACGCCCAAACCACCAGCGCGUCAUAACAGACAAAAUAAAUUAUAGCAUGAAAAAAUUUGAUUAAUGUUACUAAUGAUUUGAUUUUCAAAAAAUUUUAGCAUUUUUUUCCAAAGCACUGAUAUUUGAUUAUUUUUUCUGUAACUUAAUGACAUACAUUUAUACAGAAAAAAAUAUUAUGAGGCAAUUGAUUUUGGGGAAAAGUUUGAUAGCAAAAUGGAUUAAAUAUUGUUUAUUUAAAUCUAUACGAAAAGUGAACCAAUUUUAUUUCGUGAAACUUUUGAUUUGAUGUUUCAGGUUUACGUAUGCAUUGUUGAGAAUGUUGAGUAUUGAAAGAGCGAUGAAUUCUUAAUAUAGAGGAAAACUUUUGAAAAAGGAAAAUAAAAAAAUUAAUGAUUUUAAUGUGAAAUGAAAAAGUGAAAGAAAUCAAGACCAUGUUAACAUUUCUUAAAAACAAUAUCUAAAUUGAUAAUAAAAAUUAGGUUGAGAUGAACUUUUAAGUCAGAUCCGCAAAAUUAUCUUAUGAUUUUAUUGAAUUCAUGAAAAAAUGGUAUGGCGAUAUUAAAAACUUAUAAAUAUCAAAAUAACAUUAAAAUUAAAAUUUUACCCGUAAAAAUAAUCUUUUAUAAAGGAAAAAACCAAAAAAAAAUAUUUGUUACUUGAAUGGAACAUAUUUUAAAGUGUUUAAUAUGUGUUGAGUAUAAUCAAAAGAAAAAAUCAUCAUGUCUAUUUAUAUACUUUUAUCAAUUUGGAAAGCUCAAAUCUUUCAUAUUUUUCUGUAUCAGUUUAAAAGAUAUUUGUGAAAUUUUUUUAAUGUAGAUGAAUUAAUUGGUAAAUUUAUAAGAAACAAAUAGAAUCGUAGACAGUAAACAAAGUUGGUAUGCUAAUAAAUAACAUUGAUAAGUACGUUAAAUCCGUCCAACACAUGAAAAGAAUCUAUUUAUAUGAAGAUUUGGACUCAAAUAAUCGCCCCUCAAAACUUUUACUUAAUUCCUUGAUAGAUUAUUUUGUAACUCAGCAUAAUUACAUAAGUCUAAGAACAUUUGUUUUAAACAAAACUGUUCCUUGCAAAAAGCAAAUCUUUGUAAUGGGUAUAAUAGAUUAGAGGUUAAGAAAAAAAUGCAAAGACUUUGAAAUGAGCCAACAGUUUAACUUACAAAGGCUAAAAUCACUUUACAGGUUAAAUUUUAAAAAAUUUGUUACAAUAUGAAAGAAAUGCGAAAAAAAAACAAAUUAGGCGAAGAAACGUAAUGUUAACUUAACUCUUUUGCUAAAAAUAACUUAAAUUUAUUAUGGAAAAUUCGAAGAAUUUAAAGAUUUUUUAAAGCAUACACAAGGCCAAGAACACGCUAAUAUUUCACAGAGCAACUAUACCUAUUAUAUUAACCGAUAUUAGUUAUAUGUAUAUUAAGAAGAAAUAUUAAAAAAUAAUAUGAAACUAACCGCAAGCCUGUAACUCGAAUAUAAAUUAUCUUUAUGCAAUGAAAAUAAUGUAGAAAAUUUUUUUAAUUAAAAUAUCUAAUAUGAAUCGGCACAUCUUUCAGAAAAAAUAAGUCACUUUUUAAGGUUGAUACUUAUUAGACACUUCCUACUUCUAAUUUUAAUGCUUAUCUUUUAUUCAAAUUCUUCUAUAAGCAUCAAAUGAAUUAUUUAUAUUCGAGUUAUAAGUCUGCUAAAUUGCGGCCAAAUAUAUUUUUUGAGUUUUCUAUCUUGUUUAAAAUACUUUUCAAAGUUUGGGAAUUCAUAUUACGUUUGUUGGAAUCUCUUUUAUUAAAAUGUUUGUGUUUCCUGGAAUUUUUCUUUUGAAAAUCUAGAAAAACAGAUUCUUAGUUAGAGAAGCAAAUAACUUUUCUUAUGACACCCAAGAAUAUUUUAGUAUGGGUUUUAAAAGUCAUAUUUUAGCCUUUAAAACCAUUUUGGUAUAUCGGAACAAAAAAGACUAUAUGUUUCAAAGAUUUUCGUUGACAGUCAUCGAGCCUAUAUAAGCCCUUAAUUUGAUGUUUAACUACUAAAUAUUCAAACCAUAUUCUGCAAGUGAUGACUUUUUGUCGGUACUUAAGAGCACUGUUCCGUUUUGUUAGAAUUAUGCUUCUGAGUGUUCAGAUAGACCAAAAUGAGCCUUUGGGCGUAUCUUCAUUAUGUCUCGAUUAAAUGACAAGCAAAAAAAAACAAAUUGAUUUGAGACCAGAAUUUAAAAAAAAUGUAGUCA